AUGGCAUUCAUGUCUCAGCUCAUCCUCUCGGCCGCCGUCCUCCUCGCCGUACUCGCCGCAACCUCGGCCACCGUCGGGACUCAGUGCGUUCCAGGGUCGGACAUUCCAUACAACCCACUACAAGCAUGCCGCGACCUUUUGUCCACUAAAAUAUGCAGCAUAGGGCCCGUGUACGCCUCCGUCGGGAUGUUGAAGAGACGGUGUUGCAACCAGUUGUCGCGCAUCCCAGCAUACUGCCGGUGCGAGGCGCUGCGCAUCCUCAUGGAUGGGGCAGAAACUCCGCAGGGUGUGUUCGAGGACAUGCCCAGUUGCCCAAGGUUUACCAGGAAGUACACCAUGGGCAUUGUCGACCCGGAUGGGUGCAACUUGGAAACCAUCCACGGCAGCCCGCACUGCCCCACUCCGAUCACUAGGGGACUGGACGUGUAA